CAAUCAGUAUGUUAUUAUAUUUUCUAUUAGAAACAGAACGAAUAAAUUAGAAAUAUGUUUUUUAAGUAGAAACUAUAUAAGUAACACAUCCAGGUGGAUAUGAAUUGUAUAAAAUGUGUCGCGUAAUGUUUGUUGGAAUCAUCUUAUAUAUUUGUGUUCGUACCAAAGCUGAAAAUUUUCCAUCCCUUAUCACUUCUAAUGCUUCUCUAGCUAUUAUUAUAGAUCGUGAGUAUGUAGGAGACGAAUAUGAAAAUAUAAAAGCUGAUAUAGAAAAUUAUUUAACUUAUGCCAAGAGAGAACUCCUAAAACAUGGUGGAGUUAAUCACUAUUUUUAUUCUUGGACAGCGAUAAAUGUGAGGCGAGAUUUAUCUGCUGUUCUCAGUAUAGCGUCAUGUUCUGAUACAUGGAAAUUAUUUCGUUCAGCAGAAGAUGAAAAAUUACUACACAUGGCUAUUUCUGAAACAGAUUGCCCGAGAUUACCUAGUAACAAAGCUAUAACAAUCCCAUUGAUUAAAAAAGGAGAAGAGAUGCCCCAGUUAAUACUUGAUCUUAGAUCAGCUGGAAUUUAUAACUGGAAGUCAGUUGUAAUUAUUUAUGAUCGAACUUUAGAUAGAGACAUGACGACGCGUGUAAUAAAAUCCAUUACACAACAAUCGAAUUUGAAUAUAAAAGCCACAGGAAUUUCUUUAAUAAAACUAGAGAGAAAUAUUACAAAAUACCAUUUAAAUGAAAUUAUGUCUACCAUACGUACCAAAACGGUAGGAGGAAAUUUUUUAGUUAUAGUAAGUCAUCAGUUGGUGGAAACCAUUAUGGAAUAUGCAAAAUCCCUUAAUCUCGUAGACAUAAAAAAUCAAUGGUUAUACAUUAUAUGCGAUUCAAUCUAUAAUAACAGUGACAUAACAUCUUACAAAAGACUGUUACGAGAGGGAGAUAAUGUUGCUUUUGUAUACAAUACGUCAAUAACAUCAGAAAAUUGUAGGGUUGGAAAAAAGUGUCACAGUGAAGAGGUUUUGGAAGGUUUCAUGAAAGCUCUAGAUGAAGCUAUUCAAGAUGAGUAUGACAUAGCAAGUCAAGUCUCCGAUGAAGAAUGGGAAGCUAUUAGACCCACUAAAUUAGAACGACGAAAUUAUCUCCUCGACCGGAUAAAGAAACAUUUAGCAAGACAUGGAACUUGUGAUAAUUGUACUUUCUGGAGAAUGAGUACUGGUGAAACAUGGGGUAAAGAAUAUCAACUUGCCAAUUAUUUUAAAAACAGUGAAAUUCAGUCGGUUAUUGAAAUCUUACCUGUAGGAACUUGGAGACCCAGUGAUGGUCCUUCUAUGAAUGAUGAAUUAUUUUUACAUGUCGCCCACGGUUUUAGAGGUAAAACUUUACCAGUAGUUUCAUUUCAUAACCCUCCUUGGCAAAUUCUCAAAAUCAAUGAAUCUGGAGAAGUUACGGAAUACACGGGAUUAGUUUUUGAUAUCAUUAAAGAACUCUCCAAUAAUUUAAAUUUUACAUUCACGGUGGAGGUCGUAAAUAAAACAGUGAUAAAAAAUAGCAGCGUAGGAAAUAAUUCUCUGGAAAUAACAAAUAUAGCUACUAAUAGUAUACCAACUGAAUUCAUAGAUAUGAUACGAAAUAAAAGCGUUGCGUUUGGAGCAUGCGCUUUUACCGUCACCGAAGAUAAUAAACAUUUAAUAAAUUUUACAAGCCCCAUAAGUAUCCAAACAUACACAUUUCUUGUUGCUAGACCCAAAGAAUUAAGUAGGGCCCUUCUUUUCAUUUCACCAUUUACUGGAGAUACAUGGUUAUGUUUAUCAGCAGCUAUAAUAUCAAUGGGACCGAUUUUAUAUUAUAUACAUCGCUUUAGUCCAGUGUAUGAAUAUAAAGGCAUAUCUAUGAAAGGAGGUUUGUCGUCUGUUCAGAAUUGUAUUUGGUACAUGUAUGGAGCCUUAUUACAACAAGGUGGUAUGCAUCUUCCUUAUGCCGAUAGUGCCAGAAUAAUCGUAGGAUCAUGGUGGUUAGUAGUAUUAGUUGUAGCGACCACAUACUGUGGAAAUCUCGUAGCUUUUCUAACUUUUCCUAAAAUAGACCAACCGAUAACUACAAUUGACGAACUAAUUGGUCACAAAGAUACAGUUACUUGGAGUUUCCGACGAGGAAGUUUUUUAGAUAUGCAAUUAAAAACGUCUACAGAAAGAAGAUUCAGAACACUUUACGAUGAUGCUGUGAAAGAACAUAACAUAUCUAAUUUAAUUAAACAAAUUGAAAAUGGGAAACACGUAUUUAUUGACUGGAAAAUGAGGCUACAGUAUAUAAUGAAAAAACAAUAUUUAGAGACGGACAGAUGUAACUUAGCUUUAGGUUUAGAUGAAUUCUUUGAUGAACAAUUGGCUCUAAUUGUUGCUCAAGAUAUACCUUACUUACCAACCAUUAACGCUGAAAUUAAAAAACUACAUCAAGUUGGACUUAUACAAAAAUGGUUACAAGACUAUUUACCAAAAAAGGACCGUUGUUGGAAAAAUCGCCACAUCAUUGAAGUGAAUAAUCAUACAGUUAAUAUGGAUGACAUGCAGGGGAGUUUUUUCGUAUUAUUUUUUGAUUUAUUGUCACCGUUACCAGUCAAGUACAGAAGUACCAUCUAAAACAACAAAAUGGAUACAACAAUAAUAUAUAGAAAUUUUAUAGCACCUAAUUGUUUUAGUUAUUUUUAAAAAAAUUUUUUAUUCACAGUUGUUCAGAUUAGUCUCAAAUGCUUAAAAAUAAAUUCAAAGCUAAAAUAUUGUUUUAAAAGAAAAAUAUAUAUAACAUACAGAGCCUUCAUAAACGUUUACAAGCCAUGUGACGACCAAGCUUAGGCAACCAAUAUUGCACGGCUGGUACUAGUAACGAAAAAUCCAUCAAUCUUGGUGUUACCAAUGCUAAUGAGUAAUGACUCAUUUACAAUGAAUAAUGGCAAACCGUUAUGUCUACACUCGAGAUAAUGCGAUCGCUGAUUGGUUGAAUAGAGCCUCGUGAUAAAUUAAAGCCGGUGAAACAGAUUGUUGUGUUUUAAUGCAAUAUUGAUCUUAUUGUUUAAAUAAUUGGCUCUAUAUUUGAAAUUAAUAGGUUAAUAUAUGCGUACUAGUGAUUAUAAAUAAAAAAAAAUUGUAUAGGUAUUGUGAUGGAUUAUUCUGAGAAAUAUUUAUUUUAGCCAAAUUUUGAAUAUGAGCUUUAUUAUCAUUACCAUUAUCAUUUUCAUUAUAAUUUUUUUCACAGCUUUCACUAGUGGACGGACCAAAGCCAAGUCCAUUGGAUGUUUAUUUUUGAUUUAAAAAAAUUGUGUUAUAUUACAUGUAUUACUGCUUUUGCACAAUGGUAUGAAUAUUCUGACCUUCAUUGAUUUGCGCGAGAUGUUUAUUGAACGUGUGAGGUGUAAUACCUGUAGUUGAAAUAAUAAAAAGAAUGACGUGCACUCGUUUUUGUUUCCAAAUUCUUUCUAUUUCUGUUGCCAUUUCUUGAUAUUUUUCUUUAUUUUCUGAGUACUUUUUUAUUACAUUUUGGUCAGAUGGCAUUGCACCCAUGAUACAAUAUCUUUAUAUUGUAUUAUAUAUUGCACCGGUAUGAAAACAGCAGCCAAAGAUAGCAGCUAAUUCACCCGACCAUGCCCAUCUAUUAUUAUUUACUCUGAACAACUUUUAUUGAUAAAAUUUUAUAUCCAAUAGUAAGAAAUUCUUGAUUGGUUUAUUUUCGUGUUUUAGAUCAUUUAAAAAAAACAAUAAUUAUUCAUUCAUAAAUUAAAAUCAGUGCUCUUCAACUUUUUGGACGAAUUAAAAUUUAAAUCAGAUAUAAAAAAGUUACAGUGUUAUAUUGGCAUACGCAUUAACAUGCAUUUUUUUAGGAUUUCUGGUGUCCAUUUUGUUGUUAUUACUGGAGAAACUUUGGCACAAACAUGCUGUGAAGAAGAAGGAAAAAAUAAUUCAACCGUUUAUG